AUGGGUCUUUUAAGCUUGCCAGCCAACAAAGACCGCACCUUUACCAAGAUAUCGGGCAUCUGUGUGAACUUCCGUAUCUGUGGUUUCGUCGAAGUGGGCCUGGAUAGAUGCGAAAUGGCUGAAGAAAUCUGCACAAUGGUCGCACAAAAACUACAGCUACUGAUGAGUGUGUGGGCCGAUUUGGGCUUCGAGUAUGAGCCCACACGGAGCCGCUUUGAGCGCACCAAGAGCCACAUCGAAACGCUGCUCAACCAGAUCAUUGAUAGUGACGUGGAAAUGAAAGAAACGAUUUUAAAGAAAAUUGCGCAGUUGAAGGAUCACCUGCACCAGCUUUGCAGAGAGCUUUCGAUACCGCUCCCUGAGUUCACGGCGUCCCUCUCAAUACUCGAACAAGAAAACACCGUCAGGAAAGACCUGGAGCACCUGAAAGAGAAGAAAAGAGAUCGAGAGCGUGCACAGAAGAAACUCAAGAAAAAAGAGGCUGAGUUGUGUGCGAAGCUGGGCGCACAUUGCUUGAGCACGUGCAGUGUCUCCGUUCCGUCAGAAAAGGACCUUCAGGAGAUGGAGCUUCGGGUUCAAGGUCUUGAGCGGGAGAAGGUUGAUCGUACCUGCCAAGUGUCUUUGCUGCGAAAAGAAAUAAUUGCAGAGCUGAACCUGCUUGGCUCUGAGCCGCAAGCCCAUCUGAAGGUUAUGAAUGAUGAGGAGGAUUUUAUAUUGUCAAAAAACAACAUCGAUGAAUUGAUGGCUUACCUCGAUGAACUGCAACAGCUUGAGGUGACCCGUCGUCGGGAGCUGGCCGGCCUGCAGGAGCAGCUUGCCUUAUUUUUUGACCGACUGGACAUUCCACCCGAGGAGCAACAUCGAAUCCGUAGCUGCAGUACCGACCUAACGCCGUCGACUCUGGAUGCACUACGGGCCAAUCUUGCCGAGUAUGAGCGGCGAAAGCAAGCGUGCCUGCGGGAGUUUAUCACGCGUGCCAAGGAUGAUCUGCUCACGUGGUACAAGAAGUGCUGCGUACCCCAAUGCCGACUGUACCUGGACGUUGACGACUCUGAAGACAUCUCAGAGGAGCGACUGGCACUGCUGGAGGAUCAGCUGAAGGCACUCAAGGAGUUCUACUCUGAGAACAAACUCAUCAUCGCCAAAUCAGAGCGCCACGAAGCCCUGGGUCCAGGUAUCUGGAGCUGGAAAAGCCUAAGAAAUGAAAUCGAGAAGUUCAUCGCCACCUAUAGCGGGUCCAACAAGAUUUUUGACCUGUGGGGCAAAGACUUCCUUGAGCACAAGGAUGGCCAACAGCAAGCUCACGCACAAGAGAAAAAACGUGUGCGCCUUGAAAGGGAUAGCCGUCGCAAGGCUACACCCUCGGCACCGGGUAGCAGCAAGAGCAGUACGACUCUUGCCUCCAGCAGGCGCAUGGCCGCAUCAGUCGGGAAGAGCAGCCCGUCUGUGCACGGAGGCACACCGGUCGGUACGUCCGGCACAGCCGCUAGGAACAUCCGACGGCGCUCAAUAAAAAUACUGCAAUUUCUGGCGCAGCAAAGCGAGAGGCAGCUUACGAGCAGUGUCCUGUGCCAGAAGCCAGGGCCGCUACGACCAGAAGCUGCAGAAAGCGUUGAGCAGCUGGACGUCAACCUCACCGACAACGCGUCCUUGUUGUGA